AUGAAACACCACCACCACAAAAACCUGCCGUCCUCUGCCGCUGACGCCUCUGCCGCUGACGCCGCCGUGUCUUCCUGCGAUGCCACCCCUAUGACGUUAUCAUUGACGUGUUCAUCAUUGCACCAGCAAUCCCCUCCUCCUGAGAAGCCUUCCGUAGCGGUCGAGGAUCCGUCAAGGGACUUGGCGUCCAACUCCGCCAUCGCCACGACGGCAUCUUCGGAGUCGGUGGUGGUGGAGCGGCGAGGGGACUAUUCUGCUAUUUGCAAGUGGACCAUCGCCAAUUUCCCUAGGAUCAAGUCGCGCGCCUUGUGGAGCAAGUACUUUGAGGUUGGCGGCUACGACUGCCGUUUGUUAAUCUACCCCAAGGGGGACUCGCAGGCGCUGCCUGGUUACCUUUCCAUUUACCUUCAAAUCAUGGACCCCCGCAACACCGCCUCUUCUAAGUGGGAUUGCUUCGCCAGCUACCGCCUCGCCAUAGACAAUCCCUCGGAUCCCUCGAAGUCCGUGCACCGUGACAGUUGGCACCGAUUCUCCUCCAAGAAGAAGUCCCAUGGCUGGUGCGAUUUUGCCUCCCUUAACUCCCUAUUAGACCCUAAGCUUGGCUUUCUGCAUUCCUCGAAUGAUUGCAUUCUCAUUACCGCAGAUAUCUUAAUCCUCCACGAGUCCUUUUCCUUUGCCCGUGAUAAUUAUGAUUCUCAGUCGAAUAACGUGUCAAAUAUGGCCGGGAGCGGGGGUGUGGGGCCAGUUGUAGGGGAUGUUUUGAGUGGGAAGUUUACUUGGAGAGUGCAUAAUUUUAGUUUGUUUAAGGAGAUGAUAAAGACACAGAAAAUAAUGAGCCCUGUUUUCCCGGCAGGGGAGUGUAAUUUGCGAAUUAGUGUUUAUCAGAGUAUUCUUAAUGGAGUGGAGUAUUUGUCCAUGUGUUUGGAGAGUAAGGAUACAGAGAAGAAUGCAAUGGUGUUGGAUAGGAGUUGCUGGUGUUUAUUUAGGAUGUCAGUGUUGAAUCAGAAGCCAGGUAAUGGUUCGAAUCAUGUGCAUAGGGAUAGCUAUGGGCGGUUUGCUGCAGAUAAUAAGACCGGGGAUAACACGAGUUUGGGGUGGAAUGACUAUAUGAAAAUGACAGAUUUCAUGGGGUCCAGCUCAGGGUUUUUGGUGGAAGAUACGGCGGUUUUUAGCACUUCAUUCCAUGUGAUUAAGGAGUUAAGUAGUUUCUCGAAGAGUGGUACAUUAAUUGGCGGGAGAAAUGGUGGGAAUGUGAGGAAAGCAGAUGGGCAUAUGGGAAAGUUUACAUGGAGAAUUGAAAAUUUUACACGGUUGAAGGACCUUUUGAAGAAGAGGAAGAUUACAGGGCUUUGCAUUAAGAGCAGAAGGUUUCAGAUUGGGAAUCGGGAUUGCCGACUUAUUGUUUACCCCAGAGGGCAGUCUCAACCUCCAUGCCAUCUUUCAGUAUUUCUUGAAGUCACAGAUUCGCGAAUUGCUAAUGGUGAUUGGAGUUGUUUUGUGAGCCAUCGUCUAUCAGUUGUGAACCAAAGGAUGGAGGACAAGUCAGUCAUGAAGGAAUCUCAAAAUCGAUAUUCCAAGGCUGCCAAGGACUGGGGCUGGCGCGAGUUCGUGACACUCACUAGUCUCUUUGAUCAAGACUCUGGAUAUCUAGUCCAGGACACUGUUGUCUUCUCUGCUGAGGUUCUUAUACUGAAGGAGACGUCCAUAAUGCAGGACUUCACUGAUCAGGAAACUGAAUUGGGAAAUGUCAGUUCUCAUUUAGAGACUGUUGGUAAAAGGAGUUCAUUCACAUGGAAGGUUGAGAACUUCUUAUCCUUCAAGGAAAUAAUGGAAACACGGAAAAUAUUUAGUAAAUUCUUUCAAGCUGGUGGAUGUGAGCUUCGGAUUGGAGUUUAUGAGUCUUUUGACACCAUAUGCAUAUAUUUGGAGAGUGACCAAUCAGCUAGCAGUGAUCCUGAGAAGAACUUUUGGGUCAAAUACAGAAUUGCUAUAGUGAAUCAAAAAACUCAAUCUAAAACUGUUUGGAAGGAGUCUUCUAUAUGCACUAAGACGUGGAACAAUUCUGUUCUUCAAUUCAUGAAGGUGUCUGAUAUUUUGGAAGUUGAUGCAGGAUUUCUUGUACGUGAUACAGUUGUAUUUGUUUGCGAGAUCCUGGACUGCUGUCCCUGGUUUGAGUUUGCAGACCUAGAGGUUUUGGCUUCUGAAGAUGACCAAGAUGCUCUGACAACUGACCCUGAUGAACUCAUUGAUUCUGAUGACAGUGAAGGAAUAAGUGGAGAUGAGGAAGACAUCUUCAGAAAUCUUCUUUCUAGAGCAGGGUUUCACCUUACUUACGGAGAUAAUCCUUCCCAGCUGCAGGUCACAUUGAGAGAGAAACUUCUCAUGGAUGCUGGGGCAAUAGCUGGUUUUUUGACUGGACUUCGUGUUUAUCUUGAUGACCCUGCAAAAGUUAAACGCUUGCUCCUUCCGACAAAGAUAUCUGGAACUAAUGAUGGGAAGAAGAUUAAUAAGAAUGACGAGUCUUCUCCCAGUCUGAUGAAUUUACUAAUGGGAGUAAAAGUUUUGCAACAAGCAAUCAUUGAUUUACUUUUAGAUAUAAUGGUUGAAUGUUGCCAACCCUCAGAAGGAAGUUCAAAUGAUGAUUCUUCAGAUGUGAGCUCCAAACCUUCCCCAGAUGGCCGUGGAACAAUUAUUCCACUGGAAAGUCGUAGAGAUGAUGGAGCUACAGAAUCUGCCCAGCUUCCUGCACGUGAGAGAUUAGAUUCAGGAAUCGAUGAAACCAUAAAUACAUCUGCUGUACAAAGCUCAGAUGUUAAUGAAACUAAUAUACCCACUAAAGCUGAUCCUGGACAGCCUACUUGUCCACCAGAAACAUCUGCUACUGAUUCAUUCGAAAAUCCUUCCUUGCGGUCCAAGUGGCCGGAGCAAUCGGAGGAGCUUCUUGGAUUGAUAGUGAACUCGUUGAGAGCACUUGAUGGUGCCGUUCUACAAGGUUGUCCAGAACCAAAAAGAAGGCCACAGUCUGCACAAAAGAUUGCUCUUGUAUUGGAUAAAGCUCCACAGCAUCUACAACCAGACCUAGUUGCUUUGGUUCCGAAAUUAGUUGAGCAUUCGGAACAUCCGCUUGCUGCUUCUGCACUUUUAGAUCGUCUUCAGAAGCCAAAUGCAGAACCCUUGCUGCGUUUGCCUGUUUUUGGGGCACUUAGUCAGUUGGAAUGUAGCAGUGAAGUUUGGGAACAUGUUCUUUUUCAGUCAUUAGAGCUUUUGGCUGAUUCUAACGAUGAACCUCUUGCGGCGACAGUGGACUUUAUAUUCAAAGCUGCAUUACAUUGCCAACAUCUACCUGAAGCAGUAAGGUCUGUUCGAGCCAGGCUAAAAUAUUUAGGCACUGAAAUCUCUCCAUGUGUCUUAGAUUAUUUGAUUGGAACUGUCAAUAGUUAUGCAGAUAUUGCUGAAGCUAUUCUUCGAGAUAUUGAUAGUGAUGAUGAUUUUGGUGAUAUUCCUUCCCCAAUCCCUUGUGGACUUUUCGUAUUUGGUGAAAGUGGGUCUAGUUCUGAAAGACUGCAUAUAGUGGAAGAGCAAGCUUUCCGUGCUAGACAUCAUUUUACUGACAUUUAUAUCCUAAUUGAGAUGUUAUCUAUCCCUUGCCUUGCUGUUGAAGCCUCUCAAACUUUUGAGAGAGCUGUAGCACGUGGAGCUUUUGUUCCUCAGUCUGUAGCCAUGGUCUUGGAAAGACGCCUUUCUCGGCGUUUGAAUUUGAAUACACAAUAUAUUGCUGAAAGUUAUCAGCAACCGGAUCUAGUUGUAGAUGGAGAAGCCCUUGAGCAACUGACGGCCCAACGAGAUGAUUUCACCUCGGUUCUUGGUCUUGCGGAGACAUUAGCACUCUCUAAGGACAUAUGUGUUAAAGUGUUUGUAAAGAUGCUGUACCCUAUGUUGUUCAAAUGGUAUGCUGAUGAGUCUUACAGAUUUAGAAUUCUAAAGAGACUUGUCAAUCGCUCUACAAGUACUACAGAUACUAGUCGUGAAAUAGACUUGGAUUUGGAGAUUUUGGCGAUCUUGGUGUGUGAGGAGCAAGAAAUAGUUAGGCCAGUGCUGAGCAUGAUGCGAGAGGUUGCUGAACUUGCAAAUGUUGAUCGGGCAGCUCUUUGGCAUCAGUUAUGUGCCAGUGAAGACGAGAUUCUUCAUGUUCGUGAUGAAAGAAAAACCGAAAGUGCAAGUAUGUCUAAAGAAAAAGCUAUUUUGUCUCAAAGGCUGAGCGAAUCGGAGGCUACUACUAGUCGCCUAAAGUCAGAGAUGAGGGCCGAGACAGAUCGCUUUGCUCGAGAAAGAAAGGAGCUUACAGAACAGAUACAAGAACUCGAGGGUCAACUUGAGUGGGUUCGCUCAGAACGAGAUGACGAAAUCACAAAGCUUAUGACAGAGAAGAAAUUUUUUCAAGAUCGUUUACAUGACGCGGAGGCACAGCUCUCCCAAUUGAAGUCUAGAAAGCGUGAUGAAUUGAAGAGGGUAAUGAAGGAGAAAAAUACACUUGCUGAAAGGUUAAAGAGUUCUGAAGCAGCACGGAAAAUAUUUGAUGAAGAAUUGAAACGAUGUGCUGCAGAAAAUGUCACUCGAGAAGAGAUUCGGCAAUCACUUGAGGAUGAAGUUCAUAGGCUGCAACAAACAGUUGUGCAAGCUGAAGGAGAGAAGCGCGAGAAGGAGGAACAAGUUGUUCGAUGUGAGGCAUAUAUUGAUGCAAUGGAAUCCAAAUUACAAGCCUGCGAGCAAUAUAUCCAUCAUGUCGAGGCUCAGCUUCAGGAAGAAAUGUCACGACACGCCCCUCUGUAUGGUGCCGGGUUGGAAACUUUAUCAAUGAAGGAGUUGGAGACAUUGUCACACAUUCAUGAAGAAGGACUUCGACAGAUUCAUGCCAUCCAGCACCAUAAAGGAAGUCCAGCUGGCAGUCCUCUUGUAAGUCCCCACAACCUUCCGCUCACGCAUGGGUUGUACCCAACUGCUCCGCCCCCAGUGGCGGUAGGAUUGCCCCCUUCAAUAAUCCCAAAUGGAGUUGGGGUCCACAGUAAUGGACAUGUAAAUGGUGCGGGUGGACCCUGGUUCAGUCGGUCUUGA